CAGUGUAGUUAAUAACUACAUGCGGUUUCUAAGAGGAAAUUGCCUCGUGUUUACACAAGGAGACGGAAAAUUCAAAUAGGAAAACAAUUCAAAGUCAGCUUGCUCGACUUACGAGCAUUUGAGCAAAAUGGAGAAAUUUAUUCAUUGCAACGUUUUUCUUCGCCUUGUGUGAGAACAUUAGCUUACGGUUACCCAAACACGACAAUUUGGCGACAUUGUUCAAGGGCGAAGCAAAAUGAAAAGAUGAAACAAACUUAAGCCUCUAUACGGAUUUACAAUGAGUACAAUUGCUCGUGGUCAUCCUUCUAAGGAUGACGCUUCGUCGGUUGAAAUGAAGAAGAAGACGAAAGAGAUGAAAAUACGAGUAGCGAAGAUGUUUGAUCUGUUUGAUAAAGUCAUCGAGUUCAAUCACAACCCGACGAGUGAGUCAGCAAAGAGAAGACUCGAUUUGGAAAUCGAGAAGCUAAAAACCCUUCAACAACAACUUGAGAAAGAGCCUCAAAAGAUCGACCUUUUCGAGGAAAAUUUGAAAGAUGUACAAGAAUACGAUAAAUUUUACAUCCAGUAUGUCAAUCAUGUUUCUCAAGAUUUGGAAAAUUUGAAAAACAGUAUCAUUCAGUAUAUACAGGAGAAAACUAAAGCUGAACAACUGCUCGCAAAGGAAAACAUGAAACUGAAACUGGAUUUUCAACGCGAACAGGCUGAAUCGAUGCAUCAGCAGCAAAAGCACGAAUACGCUGUGGCGGAGAAAAACACAGUCUUGGCGACUUGCAGAAAGCUGGAGGAGCAACUGGAAGAAAGAGGAAAGCAAAUUCAACAGCUUCAACGCGAGGGAACUGUGAGUUUGUGGCAACGAGAAAAAGCGAAGCUGAUAAAAGACGUCCACUCAAGUGAGGAGAGGCUUGCCAAGGAGCUCAAAGAAACUAAAGAUCAGUUAGAAGAUACAAAAUCAAGACUAAAUCAGAGAAUUAUGGAGCUUAUGGAUCAAGUUAAAUAUCUUAAAAUGGAGAAAGAUGUCAAGAAUGGGACGGUGAGAACGUGUGGAGCAGUUCCACAUGUUUCCUCAAGUGAAAUGGAGAAAAUAAAGCAGCAAUUAUUCCUCAAGGACAGAUUAUUGGUGGUGGCGGAGGGCGAAAUCCAGAAACAGCAAAAAUAUUAUGUUGGAUUUAUAAGCGGGUUAAGUCGAGAUUUCAGAAUUAUGCUGGAAAGACAACAUCUAACGGUGAAAGAAUACAACAAAGAUCAAAAAGCAUAUGCCUCAAUGCUGAAUAAAAUGUACGUGGCAGCGAAAGAAGGAACUUUGACGGAAUUCAGAGCGACGUUACCCUCUCACUAUCUUGGAAUAAAUGAGGAUCUUUCUGGCCAUCCAUUGGGUAAAAAGCUUUCACGGCCUUUCGAGGAUUUGGAAUUGCAUCUACAAGAAGUUGAAGAUAGUGAAUUCAGAAUUGAUAUCAAUCAUCCAUUAUUGACGGGGUGGAGGGAAGGCAGGUCAGCAAGUGCCAGAGAGAAUGUCAGAAAGUUUUCGAAAAAAUCAUCCAAAGUUACCGGCGUUCAUCCGAGGCUUGUUGAUACAAAGCUUGGAAAACCGCUCAUAAAAGAGGCUAAAGAACACUUCCCUGAGUGGUCUGACGAAGAGAUUCAAAUGAUGUUUGAGCAGUUUAAGAGAUUCGACACCAACGACGACUUCAACCUUGAUACACAAGAGUUAUUGAGAGCAAUACCAGAUACGUUAGGUAGAAUGGCAACCACUGAAGAAAUAAAGGAAGCCAUGUUAGAGGUGGACAUAGAUGACUCAGGCACGGUGGAUUUUUUCGAAUUUCUUUGCGUAGCCAGACUAAUUUCGCAAGGAAAGGGAGAAGCAAAGCUAUUCAAGAAAAAGACUUUGACAGCAUUACAAAAACCCAACGGAAAGUCAACCAUCUGUUCUGUUCAGUAGCUUCUACCACGCUCCACACACUUCAGAACUUUUUUCAGUCAAUAUUAAGAAUACAUGUGUUUCACUUUGUUUCUUAAAAAGGGAAAAAAUACUUGGACUCAAAUCCGACAAAACAUUACAUAAUCAAUGCCAAUAAAAUCUAGACCUGCCAAAAGAUACGCCGUAAUUUGGAUGUUAAGAAAGUCCUUAAUAUAAUUCAAAGACGAGCCAAUUGCACUUAAAUCCUAUUUUCACAAAAACCUUUGAGAAACCAUCUAAAAACCGUACACAUCUCUUAGGUCGUAAUCCAUGUUGAAUAUUCAUUAGCAAAUAAUUACUUAUUUAUCAUCACUGUACAUAUGUAUCAUGGAAAUAUUCAAUGCGUUAUUUAUAGUCAUUCUUGUUAAAGAAAUUCCAGAGUUAAUUGUACAUAGUAUUAAGUUAAUAUCUUUAUUACUUCCACUUUGAAAUAACUGGUGAUAAAUCCGAUUGGCUCUCAUCGGUGCAUUUUAUUUCCAAAUUGCGCUAUUUUUCACUCUAAAUCACAUGUUUUUCCCAGCCAAUGAGAAGGCUUUUCUAAAACACAACCACCAAUUAGAUUUUAAGGCUUAUAAAAAAAA